AUGACAACUCCUACUGCAACCACCCAUCCUGACUUUGGCGCCACCACAGAUGGCCUCACUGUGGCCGCCGCUUUCUCUGGAAGCAUCAAGGACCGCACGAUCCUGAUCACGGGCGUCAACAGAAAAGGCAUCGGCUACACCACGGCCGAGUCGUUUGCGUCGCAGUCCCCACGACUUCUGAUCCUCGCGGGCCGCUCUAUGGCCAAACUCCAAGAAUGCAUCGACGACUUGAACACGGCUUACCCAGAUGUCGAGUACCGCAGCCUGCAGGUCGACCUUUCGUCGCAAAAGUCGGUGCGCAAGGCGGCGGCCGAGGUGCAGGCGUGGACGGACGUGCCGGCGAUCGACAUCGUCAUUAACAACGCCGGGAUCAUGAACAUCCCCGAGCGGACCAUCACCGAGGACGGUGUGGAACUCACCAUGGCGACGAACCACGUGGGCCACUUCCUGCUGACGAACCUGAUCAUGCCCAAGAUCCUCGCCGCCGCCUCCGGAAAAAAGGGGGCCGUGCGGAUCGUCAACCUGGCCAGCAUGGGCGUGUACGUGGCGGCCGUGCCGCUGAGCGACAUGGGCUACGAGCGGCCGGUGCGCGAGCUGCCGGACGCGGAGAAGCCCAACCUCGCCAUCAUGCAGGCGCACAACCUCGUCGUCGACGACACCAUGGCGUACAUCCCCACGGCGGCGUACGGGGCGAGCAAGACGGCCGCGGUGCUGUUCAGCGUCGGCCUGAACCAGCGACUCUUUGAGAAACACGGCGUCCUCAGCCUCGCCGUCAACCCGGGCGAAAUCCAGACCGAACUCAUCCGCUACACCGACCCGGUCGUGCGCGACACCAUGCUCGCCGCCGCCGCCGAGAGGGGCCUCGUCUGGAAGACCCACCAGCAGGGGUGUGCCACGACCUUGGUCGCCGCGCUGGACGACAAGCUAGGCUUGCCCAGUGAAGAGGACGGCGCCGGCGCCUUUCUCGGUAAUUGCCAGGUCCUCAAGGCGCCCGGGUACGCGGUCAAAAAGGACAUUGCGGAAAGGUUGUGGAAGUGGAGUGAGGAGGUGACGGGGGAGAAGUUUUCUUGGUAG